UUUAACUUGGGACUGAGCACCGCUCGCAACAGACACACUCACACACAGUGUGCCUAAGCAAAGAAAGAGCUCUGCGCCAAGUCUCAGACCUCCUAAAGUAGGAGCGACUAAGUAGGAGCUACUGUACCAGCUUUCAAAGGAGUAGAUUCUCCCCCAGGGAUUGCCGCACAUUUUGACCGGGCAAAAGGCUCCUGAACUCGGACUGAAUAGUCAUGCAGCGGCGGUGGGACUUCUAGAUUUUUUUUUUUACGAAAUGGUCAAUGUCAACUCGGUGAAGGGACAGUAGACUGGGCUGAACUUUGACUGGCAUGACACUGUUUGCAUUUGAUAUGCAUUUUCUGCGUGUCAGCUCAUAAUACCUUGUGAAACUGUAUGCCAAAUAUAAAACUUUUUAUUCGCAGAGAAACCUCGAGGAAUGUGAUACAGAGUUCUGUGAGGAAAGGCAUUUUUGGGGGGUUCUCAACGACCUAUUGAACACAUGAUUAUGUGUUCAUAACUUCUUUUUUUUUAAUUAGAAUCAGUGGUGCGUCGUCUUUCAGGUUAAACAGCCUAAAUAUUGUGGACUUUCUCACUGAUUAGAACGUUGGAAUACCGCACUGGGGCAGAAAAGAACUCUUCGCAGUCCAUGGAUUGCGCGCUUGCGCUUGGACCUUGUCAAACCUGAGAGCGUCAGGCCACGUUGAAAGAAGCCACGUUUAUAAAAGCCGUGCGUAAAAAUAACAUUGGCCAAGACAGCCCUCAUUGCCAGCCCGUGACAUUUAAAACUUGGUGAAGUACUCUUUUGUGCGUCCUUCUCUCUCGGGGCGUUCUGGAUCUAUUUUGUCUCUGAGGGGACCGAGGAUCUUUAGAAACGCUUCAUUCCAUGCAACUCUCGCCUCAGCCACUGUCAUCCAGUCUAGACAAUUUGUCGUGGCUUUGAGUCCCUGGCGUAACCAUGACAACCACAAGAAACCCAAAGUGAAUUUGAGGAAAGACUGAAACGGGAGAGAGUGUGAAUAGAGUUUUCCCAUUUUGUUUAGUGCUGUUUCUGUUUAAACGUCAUUCUUUGUUGUUGUUUUUGUACAAAACAGAGGCAUCCUUUGCGCUACAAGAUUGCAUCAGCAGGCAAUUUGCUAAGUUUAAGGAUCCCUAAAAAGAAAGCGCUCCAGUCCAUGUCAUUCAAACCCGACGUGGUCUAUUAAAAGUAUCGUCUUGCUCGUGCCUCUACUUCGACUAUUUAUGAAGCCCCCGGGCAACUCAUUUCAUAGUGCACAGUAGCGGUGAAAGAACUGAAUUCAAUACACGAGAAGAGCCUGUGCGUAAACUAGUGAAAUAUGGGCUUCUCUCAAACGCUACUCAUUUAUGUGCUGGUGUCCAUUCACCUUGGAGUUUCCCAGCAUUAUCUUCGCCUUCGACCCUCGCCCAGCGAUAACCUCCCCGUGCCAGACCUAAAGGAGGACCCUGACCCGGAAUACGACCCGCGCGAGCAGGACUUGUCCGAGAGGACUCUGCGGAAAAAGCUGGGCAGCAACUUCGACCCUAACUUCAUGUCCAUCAUCUCGCCCGUGCUGGUAAACCUCUCCGUGCAUGACACACAGAUGAAGCUGCAAGGACCUAUGCCCAACGACAUUAAAAAGCUUGACCUCACGGAGACCCCCUAUGGAAAGAGGGUAAAAGUGGGGAAGAAAGCACGUAGGAAAUUCCUGCAGUGGUUAUGGACGUAUACGCACUGUCCGGUGGUAUACAGCUGGAAGGACCUGGGCGUGAGGUUCUGGCCACGCUGGAUCAAGGAGGGCAACUGUUUCAAUGAGCGCUCGUGUUCCUUCCCUGAGGGGAUGUUUUGCAAACCUGUCAAGUCGAUCACCAAGACUUUCCUCCGGUGGUAUUGUCAAGGGUUUUUAAGACAGAAAUAUUGUACGUGGAUACCGGUGCAAUACCCAAUCAUCUCAGAGUGCAAGUGUUCGUGCUGAGUCUCUCUCUGGGAGUGUAGGAUCGGGGGAGUGGACUGGACACGCGCUUUCUAUUGCACUGUAAACUCUCAUCUGAGGUGGGCACCAUAGCGAUUCUAUUUUUUUAUAUAGCAUUUUAAUUGAAAUACCAACAUUGUACAUAUUUAAGAAAAAAUGCAGCUAUUUUUUUGUAAAUGAACAGGACCAUAUUUUAUUUCAGCCCUGAAACGUGUUUUUAGGGGAACACGAGCACUUCAGAAAGAAGAGCUUUUAUUUUUUAUGAAAAAUUGAAGAUGGAAUGCAUACACUUCUCCAAGAAGUUAACUUUUUUUCAACUGAACAUUGAUGCUGACUGUAACUUCACUGCAAUGCUGCCUAGAGUUUUUGUAUGAUAUUAAUAUCAAUAAUAAUUAAAUUGAAAGUUGAGGAUAAAAAGAUAUAUAUAAAGGCGUGAACUCAGCUUUUGGAAUACAUAGUAUUGUAGAAAUAAACAAAUCUGUAUGUUUUAUUUAUUAUUUUAACGAUUGUGAGUAUAGAACAUAAGGAAAGAAAAUAGCAGAGUAUACCAGAAAUUAUGGGAGAUGUCUACUUGAAUAUUUCUAAAAAAUAAAAUAAAAAGUAAACAUAUCAGUGUAAAUGUUAUGGUUACACGUUUUAGCAAUAAAGUCUAUCUUUUCAACAUG